GACUUGGCGCGCUUCACCAGCGAGGGAAGCGCCGCAAUCUGCGCACUGGACGAGGAUCUGAAGAAGUUCCUACAAGAGCAGGAGGCCACGGCGGCGCGGGCCAAGGACUUGCAGCAGCUGCUGGCCCGGCAACGCCCGCCUCGCCAUGCCUGA